AUGUAUCUAUCUAUCUCUCUAUCUAUUGUCAUCACAUUAUCUGUCUAUCUAUCGUCUGCACAUUAUUUAUGCAUAUAUCUAUCUCUCUAUCUAUUGUCUUCUCAUUAUCUAUCUAUCUAUCUCUAUAUCGUCUGCACAUUAUCUAUGUAUCUAUCUAUCUCUCUAUCUAUUGUAAUCUCAUUAUCUAUCUAUCUAUCUAUCUCUCUAUCGUCUGCACAUUAUCUAUCUAUUUAUCUAUCUUCAACUAUUGCUGUUGUGUUUGGUAUAAUAACAAACUUCUCUCUCUCUCUCUCUGUAACUCUCUCUCUCUCUCUAACUCUAUCUCUCUCUAACUCUCUUUCUCCCACACUCUCUCUCCCUCCCGUUUCCAUUCGGCGUUCGUCUCUCCUUCUCAUUCCUUUUAAUUUUCGCUGUUGCUUGAAAAAUCAAAAUAAUACAACACAGGAAAUUCGCCCGCGUGGGUACUUUACUAUCUAUCUAUCUAUCUAUCUAUCUCUUUCUUGUAUAUCUUUUCUCUCUCUCUCUCUCUCUCUCUCUCUCUCUCUCUCUCUCUUUCAUCCUUCCUCCCUCUUUUGGAUUUCUAUGAUUAAGCACUUCCUAUCUAUCCGAAGGCUUACGGCCACAUCACGUUGA